AUGCGUUUCUCCGCUGCUGCUGUUGCUCUCUUCGCCGGCCUUGCCGUUGCUCUCCCUGGUGGUGACAUCGAGACCAUCUACCAGACCGAGGAGGUCACCAUCACCUCCUGCGCUCCCACCGUGACUGACUGCCCCGGCAGCAGCACCACCGCGCCCACUGCUAUCCCUACCGAGAGCAGCCCCGUCAUUCCCACCAGCGCUCCGGCCCCCCCGGUCGAGACCCCCAGCGUUCCUGAGGUCCCCGCCCCUGAGCCUGAGGUCCCCUCCGAGAGCAUCUCCGUCAUCCCUGUGACCACCUGCAUCCCCACCGUCACCUACUCUACCAUCACCAUUACCCCCACCGCUCCUGCCACCUCCAAGCCCGUCAUCCCGGUGGUCCCUACCUCCGUUGCUCCUACCGGCAGCGCUACUCCUUCUCCCUCUCCUCCCGCUUUCACCGGUGCCGCCAACGCUAUCACCAACUCCUUUGGCUUCGCUGGCGCUGCCGCCGUCGCUGCUAUCUUCCUGGCCUAG